AUGGUACUAAAAGUACUAAAAGUACUAAAAGCGGAUAGAAAUAAUGAACUAAUUGAAAAAGCAAGUAAGUUAAUUGAUUUAUUGGAAUCAUCAAAUUCAUCUUCACUCUCAAAAGCUGAUGGAAAAUCUUGGGCUGAUAUUGUGAAAAUUAAGAAAACGGAACCCUUAAUUAUAAAACCAAAAAACCAGAACCAAAAUAGUUCGGUUACAAAAAGUGUACUUACACAAAAACUUUGUCCAGCUGAUAUGGCUGUUUCUUUAGCUGAGGUAAAGGAAGGAGCAAAUGGUCGUGUUAUGAUUCACUGUCAAGAUAAGAAAUCGUUGGAAAAUUUAAAAAGUAAUGUAGAACGGCAUUUGGGUGCAGAGUAUGAAAUAAAAGUUGGCAAAUUGAAUAAUCCUAAAAUUAAAAUCAUUGAUGUUAACCCUGAUGACUUGAAUGAUAAUGGUGAAUUUAUUAAUAAAUUUCUAAAUCAAAAUUUACCGGAUGAUUCGAUUCAAACUGAUAUUAAAAUUAUUCACAAAUUUAAAUCUAACAGAAGUAGGGGAAAUAAUGUAAAUGUAAUAAUUGAACUUUCUCCUAAACAAUUUAAUUAUUUAAUUUCUAACAAACAUAAAGUUCAUAUGGGAUGGAACAGUUAUCAGUUUUUCGAAUUUCUAAGUAUAAUUCGUUGUUUCCGAUGCUGGAAAUUUGGCCACUUUUCCGACAAAUGUGAAUCAAAAAAUUACGUUUGUCCUCUCUGUGGGGGUAAACAUAAAAAGGAUCAAUGUAAUAAUACAACUAAUUUUAAAUGUUCUAACUGUACGUACGCUAAGGAUAUUAUGAAACUAAACGAUAUUGAUGUUAAUCAUCACGUUUUUGAUAUAAACUGUUCUUGCUAUUUAAAACAGUUAACUAAAAGUAAAGAAAAAGUUAACUAUCAAUUCUAGCAAUCAAAAUCUUUUGAAAAGAAUCAUGAAAGAACUUUAUUGAACGUUUAUUUUCAGAAUAUAGGA